GUUCGUUAUAUUUCUGUUGUCACGACGUUUCGAUGCUAGUGAAGUUAUUUCUUGUCAGUAUCUACAGAACAGUUGGUGGUUAUUACAUGCACUGACUGUUUGUUUGUUUGUUUUUGUUUUUCUUGCUCAUUAAAAUCUUUAAGAGAUUCACUUAUCUUCAGAAAGAACAUUUUUAAUUCACUUCAAGGAAUAAAAAACCUUCGGCUGGGUUUGUUUUCUUGAUCGUAUCCUAUUUUAUUUUGUCAUUUCCUUCCCGAGUUGUGAAAGAUGGAGAAAAAGGAAGAAACAUGGAUUUCAUCAUGUACUUUCUUCACCAUCUUCACUUAUUUUCCUUGAUGCUCUUCUGUUCUUGACCACUCAGAUUUCCUCCUCUAUCUUCUUCAUCUUCUCUUCUCUGCCUUUCGACGUUCCCAUCCUUCCCCACCUCCAUUUUUUCCUGCGUUAUCAGCUUUUUUUUUCAGUCUCUGUCCUGAUUUAAUUCUUGGUUUUAUUACUUCAUUCCUUCUUCCCUGUCUGACGCCUCUGUACUUCCUUCUGGAUGUAAUUUUAAUCCUUUCUUCCCACCGGAAUUUCUAUCUUCUGUCCUUUCUUUCUGACUUUACUAUAUAAUUCCUUCAAACUACUGCACUUCCUUCAGGUCACCAUCGUUUUUUAAUCUUCGCUUACUUCCAGACUUCUGUCCUUUCUUUAUGAUGUGCUUCCUACCUGGUUGGCUUUUUAAUUUCCUGAUUUUCCUAUCUUCCUGAAUUCAUCCCAACUUGAUCCCAUUCUUCCCCUCUUUCUCCCUCCUUUCCAUUUCUUUUUCCUGUUCUAACUAACUGACUCUUUCCUCUUCUAGAUGGUUCAGUUGAUUUUGGUGAAGCGGUGAUACCCAGCGUUCCCUUACAGAUCACCUCUCUUGCUUGAGGCCACGUCUGGGAACAUUUUGGCCAUGAGUGGACCCUGAGUACUCCAGGUGCAAUAAAAUGGCCGGCGAGCUUUUUGCUGCUAAGAAGUUGCCCUCUGUAGCAGCCACGGCUACGGCGGUGCAGCAGUACCAACAGCAGAACAUCAGCAACAACAACACGGUUCAGGGCUGCAACUGGCAAGGCCUCUAUCCCACCAUCAGAGAGAGAAACGCAAUCAUGUUCAACAACGAGCUGAUGGCAGAUGUACACUUCGUGGUCGGCCCUACCGGGGGCACGCAAAGAGUUCCGGGGCACAAGUACAUCCUGGCUGUUGGGAGCUCCGUGUUCUAUGCCAUGUUUUACGGGGAGCUGGCAGAGGAUAAGGACGAAAUCCGCAUCCCAGAUGUGGAGCCACAUUCCUUCUUGGCCAUGCUCAAAUAUAUCUACUGUGAUGAGAUAGACCUGUGUGCGGAUACUGUUCUCGCCACGCUGUACGCUGCCAAGAAGUACAUGGUUCCUCACCUGGCACGUGCCUGUGUGGCGUUCUUGGAGACCAGUCUGAGCGCACGCAACGCCUGUGUGCUGCUGUCACAGAGCUGCCUGUUUGAGGAGCCGGAGCUGACGCGCCGCUGCUGGCAGGUGAUUGACGCCCAGGCUGAGCUCGCUCUGCGUUCAGACGCUUUCUGCGACAUCGACCUGCGCACGCUGGAAAGCAUCCUACGGCGUGAGACUCUCAACACGAGCGAGACAGUUGUUCUUGAGGCGGCGCUCAGCUGGGCAGAGGCUGAGUGCCAACGACGUGAACUGCAACCCACUGUUGAAAACAAAAGGCUGGUGCUGGGCGAUGCUCUGUACCUCAUCCGUGUCCCAGCAAUGUCACUGGAUGAGUUCGCCAACGGCGCAGCACAGUGUGGCCUGCUCACGCUAGCCGAGACCAACGCCGUCUUCCUGUGGCACACAGCAGCUAACAAACCCGAGCUGCCCUUCGUCAGCCAGCCGAGGAAAGGUCUGACUCCACAGCGUUGCCACCGCUUCCAGUCAUGUGCCUACCGUAGCAACCAGUGGCGUUACCGUGGACGCUGUGACAGCAUUCAGUUUGCUGUGGACAGGCGUAUAUUCAUCGCCGGCUUCGGCCUCUACGGCUCCAGCUGUGGAUCCGCCGAGUAUCAGGCCAAGAUCGAGCUCAAGAGACAGGGAGCCCCGCUGGGCCUCGCCGUUGUCAAGUAUUUCUCAGAUGGCUCUAGCGGCACGUUCCCCGUGUUCUUUGAACACCCUGUGCAGGUGGAGCCUGACACGUUCUAUACAGCCAGCGUGGUGCUGGAUGGCAACGAGCUCAGCUACUUCGGCCAAGAAGGAAUGACCGAGGUGCAGUGCGGGAAGGUCACCUUCCAGUUCCAGUGCUCCUCAGACAGUACCAACGGCACCGGUGUGCAGGGGGGGCAGAUACCUGAGCUUAUUUUUUAUGCCUGAGAGACUUCUUACCUGCAGGGUCGCAUGACAAUCCCAUAGAGGACACCAGCUUGUACAGUUAAACCUUGAUGCUGUAAUUGUGAUUACUAUGUGGUAGUAGCAACAGGCAGGGCAUUUUCACAGGGCAGUUUGCCCCUUGUACAGCACUGUUUACACGUGCAGUGGUGUAUUAGUGGCAUUUCUGUAACUGCAACAACCUACCUGACUCUCUGGUGGCUUGUUGCCAUGUUCCACUGAAACUUUACUGACAUUAGACAUCAGAAUUUAGAGAUCGUUGAGGGGUGUUUAAACUCCCUGAGCGGAGGUGUUGGGGGUGUUUAAACUCACAGAGCAGAGGUGACAAGGGUAUUUACUGACUGGCAGCUAGCAUACGUUCAGUCACGCAGGUAUCACUAGCAUGACAAUCACCAGCACACCGUCAUCACCACAACCCGAGCAACCAACACUAGAGGUUGCGUUGUAAACCUUACAGUAUAGUUACAUAUUAAACGUUACACACGAUUGCCUUAUUAGACAGCUAGCCCACUGUACCAUGCUCCGGUAUGUCCCACAAACCACAGUCCUACCUUUUACUAACACUACACAAGAACUUUUCUUGCAACUCAACAAGAAUCUCUCUCAAUUCACAGCUUUUUAAAAGAUGCCAGCAAAGCAAAUUACAAUUAAAAAGCAACAUUUCAGAUCUUGUGGAUUUUUUUUGUUUUUUAACGUUAUAAGACAAUUAAUAAUAACGAAGAGCAUUGCUACGACAGACGUAGGAACCAUGUUAGCUAGCUGGCUAACAAUUCCGCGUCAUUUUCAUUUGACGUAUGCAGCUAAUCACUUAACGAUUUACUCUCCAUCAAGAUUAUCUACACUAGUGUUUUAACGGUGGAACGUUUCAGGGACAAGGUCGGAUUUUUCCUCGCAGCUGAUUCUUUUCCUGUUACUAUCUGUAAACCGUAACAGCGACACGAUUAGCAGAUGCUAAUCACAAAGGACUAUCUUGUUAGCAAUCGAGCUGUAGGGAUUUGUGUCUGUAAAUCAGAGCUCUACCUUAUUUGUUACUCACCGUGCCAUUCGUCGUGAUUUUGUGGAUUAGCUUCAGCAGCAUCAGACAGGCGUUUGAUUAAAUUAUAAAAACACUAAAAUUCACGUGCCGAUUUUCCGCCGCGAUCCAUCAUACAGCCAAACUGUCAGUUUCUGCAUCGUGCCUUGUGUUUCUGGUUUGCUAGCAAGAAAAUGGCCGACUAGUUUCAGAAUACGCAGAAUACAAAAGCAGCUUGCAAAUCGGUAGAAACACUAAACAAACAAUCCAACAAAAAAACUAAACAAAAGAACAGACAAAGAGCCGUUUUUCCGUAUUCAGUCCGAGUAAAUGUUGGCCGUUAGUCACGUUUUUGUACACACGCAUAUGUUACGCUCGUAAGAAAUACAAGUGCUUAUUUUGUGUAAUCAAUACUUGAUCAUCUUUUAUACUUGAUGUGCUAGAUGUCGUCGUGUAUCAGAUGUGCGCUGCACACACACUUGCCGUCUCUCGCUCAGUGAGCUUUGUGGUUUAAACGUUGUUCUACAACAAAGAGCUCAGAUUGUUAAAAAAAAAAAAAAAAGCCAGCACUUUUUCAUUGUUUAUCGAAGGGCUUGAUGUUGUGCUGCUCAUCACAUUGUUUCUCACUCACUUGUACUUUCAGAUUUUUGGAAUUGUAACUUUCCACCGGUGAAGUGUCUUGUUUUCUUGUUGGGGGGGGGGGGGGGGAUUGCUUACUGCACCUUUAAUCACAAUGAAGAGACACAAUCUGAAAUAAACACAGUUCACACA